AUGCCGUCUCCGAACCACAAAGCCAAAGGAUCCGGAUCUUUAUCCGUACCCAUCACAGGAGCUGCUCUGCGCCGUGGCGACCUGAAGAUAUCUGAUCCAAUUCCUUUCGAUGAGUCCGGAGCCUUCAGCGGCGCUAGCACCGUGCCACACGCCAGACAUCCUUCGGGACAGCGACAAUACGACACCACAUGGCCACGGGCAAGUACCGCAACGCAAGAUACCCAUGUGCGACAUGUCAGUGAUGUCCCGCCACACCCGCGCGCUCGAACCUCUGCUGGGCCAUCACUGAUUCCGAGCUCAAUGUCUUCCAUUCCUUCAAAGGCAUCAUUGCACCAGAAGAAACCCAGUGGAUUGCGCGCAACUCUUAAGCGCAUGUUCUCGAGCAAGAAACACAGAUCCGUGCCUACUGAUACAAGUGGGUUCCAUUACGGCGACUCUGGGCAUCUCAAACCCGUCACAGAGCAACCAGUGCGAACACGACUGGACUCGGCUCCCCCAUUCGGAGCAGAAACAACCUUGCGAGGCGCUGCGCUGACCUCGCAUUCCACCACGUAUCCGCAGUUUGAAGCUGUCCACCAGAGCUUACCGCCACCUCCGCGGCGCGGGCGCCGCAACACAUUACCUAGCCUGGUCUUCAGUGACAUACAGUCGAGUCUCGUGCCGGCAAUUGUUGAUUGGCCUGCACCACAAUCGGCUUCCGUGGAACAGAGGGCAAAAGAAGACUGUGUCUCGGACGGUCAGUUCAAGCGGCGAUCUAGGAGCGCCGAUGCACUCAACGAACUUCUCCAUCAAGGUGCCGCUCAGCGCCCUUCCACUCGUGAUCGAGCAGGUGAAAUCGCUUACUGGCGCAAUAGUGCCAUCCAAAACCCUGUGCCCGUAUACAGUGGCCAGUCGAUAUCGGUAGAUCCCACACACGUCUUGGGGCCAGACAGUGCCGUGGCGGUAUCGGAGCACGAUCGUUCCACCGUGGACCCCAUGCAGACUUUUGACUUUGGCCUCGGAAGUCCGGGGCGAGACGAGAUCGGACUAGAGCAGAGGGUCAAUACUCUGGAGAUCAAGCUCUUCGAUUUUGAAUUUGCAUUGGCCAAGCUCCAAGGCAACGACCUGCCGAAUCCAAGGUUGAAUCCAAGACCGUUCAGCCGAGGCUCCGUACGCGACAUAUUCCAGCAGAAUAGAACGAGCUUGACGUUGGCAAGCAGUUCGUCGAAUGAUUUGAGCCACUAUUCCUCCGGCGGAGUCCAGGACUUUACUUUCUUGUCUUCUCCUGGAGAGUCUCCCAUGCCUUCUCCAGAGAUCGACGAUGUGUUUAACCCUCAAAGAGCAAGUAAAGCCACGACUGCAACGAUCAGGCCUCUAACUGCAAGGCGAAGGUCGCCGAGACGUUCGCGGGGAACUUCGCCGUCCUCGAUUCAUAUUCCUGCUGAUAAGUUCGAAGCUCUGCUGGAAAUGAUGAAAGAAGAAAAAGCGGCUCGACAAAAACUGGAAGAGCAGGUACACGAACUCCAGAAGGAAAUGAACAGCCUGAGGACUUCGACUCCCAUCUACGCAACGAUCAGGGAACCAUAUCCCACGCCUAGUCCUGAGUCAAACCAGAACUUGACUGGCACACCACCUCGCAUGAAAACCCUGCAUCGAACACAUCCAUUUCAUCUAGACCAUCCUUUACCGCAGGAAAUUUCUCGUUUUAGUGGGACAGAAGAUUCGGAUGUGGAGGAAGGGUUUGAGGACGUGUAUGAAACGCCGCGGGAGGAGCAACGUGAUACAUUUGAGACGGCAAGGGAUACGCAGCAGGUGGCUGUUAUAUGA